UAUAAUGAAGUAAUUAUUCACCAUGUAGUUAGCAUGAUCAAAAGGGGGACUAAAGGCAUUUGGCCGAGGAUGCCCAAACCUGUCUUCAUCAAAGGAUCGGUGGUGGAGUCAACAACCUCAAGUUCCUGGCCGUGCAUAUCGCCGAAGACCUGAUCUGGACGCAGCACAUUUGGGCAGCACGGUGGCUUAGCGGUAGAGCUACUGCCUGAUAAUGCCCAGACCUGGGUUCGAACCUGACCACGGGCGCUGUCUGUAUGGAGUUUGGACGUUCUCCCUACGACCUGCGAGGGUUUUCUCCGAGAUCUUCGGUUUCCUCCCACACACCAAAGACGUACAGGCUUGUAGGUUAAUUGGCUUGGCAUGAAUAUAAACUGUCCCUAGUGUGUGUAGGAUAGUGUUGAUGGCCAGUGCGGACUCAGUGGGCUGAAGGACCUGUUCCCGCGCUGUAUCUCUAAACUAAACUAACAACUGAACAUUGAUGUAAUGAUAAACAAAGCCCAUCAAUGCUUCUAUGUCCUGAGAAGAUUGAAGAGAUUCGGUAUGUCGACGAAUACUGUGUUGAACUUCUACAGAUGUUCAAUAGAGAAGAUGUUGACUCGUGCAUCACUGCCUGAUUCAACAACUCAAAUGCCCAAGAAUGAAAGCGAUUACAAAAAGUGGUGAACACUGUCCAGUCCAUCAGGGGGACUGACCUCCCCACCAUCGAAGGGAUCCAUAAGUCGCUGCCUUAAAAAGAUAGUCAGAUUCAUCAAGGACCCACUCCACUCUGGCCAUUUUACUCCUGCCAUUGGAAAGAAGGCAUAGGAGCCUGAAAACAGUGACAUCCAGGUUCGGGAACAACUUAUUCCCAACAACCAAAGGCACAUGGGAGGAUAAAAGAGCACCCGGAGCAAACCCACAGAGUCACAGGGAGAAAGUACAAACUCCGUACAGGCAGCACCUGUAGUCAGGAUCAAACCCAAAUCCCUGGCCCUGUAAGGCAGCAACUCUACCACUGCGCCACUUGUUAGUCAAGCAGGCCAGGAAUUGAUUAGGUACAUGUAAUAAAAGAUGUAGCAGGAGAUAGCAGAACCAAGUAAGAGGGUCGGACUGAAACACAGACUGGAAUAAAUUGAGUCUAGUGCUGGUUUGCCAAUGUGAACUUAGGAGCAUCAUAUAAAAGGACCCUGAAUUUACUACUCAGUGCAAGCUGCUAGAUCAGCUUGGUCAACUGAUGCCAGCAAUGGGUACUGCUAGGACAAGCUGUAAGUGCUUAUCUGACUGCUAUUCCUUGAAUAAAUAUUAUUGACUACAUCGCUUCUUCAUUUCCCAGUAUCAUUAUUUAACCAUAUAUAACCAUAUAACCAUAUAACAAUUACAGCACGGAAACAGGCCACCUCGGCCCUUCUAGUCCAUGCCGAACACUUAUUCUCCACUAGUCCCAUCUACCUGCACUCAGACCAUAACCCUCCAUUCCUUUCCCAUCCAUAUAACUAUCCAAUUUACUUUUAAAUGAUAAAAUCGAACCUGCCUCCACCACCUCCACUGGAAGCUCAUUCCACACAGCUACCACUCUCUGAGUAAAGAAGUCCCCCCUCAUGUUACCCCUAAACUUCUGUCCCUUAAUUCUCAAGUCAUGUCCUCUUGUUUGAAUCUUCCCUACUCUCAGUGGGAAAAGCUUAUCCACGUCAGAGAAGAUUUAGGUAGAGAAGAUUUGGUAACGCAAGUUACAAAAAUAAUUGAGGCUGGGAAUGAAUAGAAAGAAAAGUCAAUCAAAUACAGGUCAGGAGGGGUGGCCUCAGUCCACUGUGAACUGGAAAACCAUUCCCGUGGGUGGAGAAAGGCAAAGCGUUCAAAACAACGCAACGGUGAUACAGACUGCACAAAGUGUUUGGUCACAAGAGAGGGAACUCAUCAGGGUUGGUAUGUGGCGACAGAUCCUCACUAUUAACCCAAUGUUAAUGAGUGCUAUUUAUGGAAUGUGUUCAGGAAUCUACAAUUUUAAUAUUCAUUGUGUACUGUUGUAGAUGAUGUCCAAUUACAGUUUCUUCGUUCAAUAGCUACAUACCUGUGAAAGAAACUUCAUUCAAUUAUUAAAAAGCUCUUAAUUACAUUUUAAUUAAUUAAAAAUGAAUCGGCAAAUCUCAUGAAUACCUCAGUAUGUCUCGUAUCACAGUGUCGACAGUGGCAUGGCAACUGUAUCCAUGGCAACAACAGUGACUGGCUGUCCAGUGGCAUUGGCUAACACUGGGUACUCCAUCUGAAACAGAAUGGCCAACAUUUAAGUCACUUGAAGACUGAGAAAAGAACAACUGAUGUCUGGUACAACAUGUAAUGAUCUCAAGUUUCUUCAGUUGGAUCUGAUUCCUAUUUUUUUCUCUGGUAGCAUGAAAUGGUCCAAUCCUUCAAGAACAAGUGAUGGCCAAAGGAUAAAGAACAAUGACACUGCGAUGGACAUGACGGCAGAGGAAGGUUCCAGUCCUGUCUCAAUGUUGGCCAAAAAGGUACAAGGAGCCAGUGCAAAGGGUUGGAAAUGUAUGUCCUCGCUCUUCAACAAGGAUGAUGAACACAAGUUACUCCAGACUGAGAACACCACUCCAGUUGAACAUGUCCUUUCAGAACCGGCACCGAAGGAGCCCGAGCCCGAGAAGAAGGCGACCGGCUUCUGGGAUGUCUUUGCCACCAGGUGGAGCCAGGCGUCCGAGACCAAAAAGGCUGCAGACGCGGGCUCCGGGGAGGGAGAGGUCACCAGCGGCACACGCAGCGAGGCCAGCGACACGGACAACUCGUGUGGCUCUAGCCAGUACACCAGCCUGGAGGAGGAGCCCACCGACCCCGUCUUCAAGUGGAACUUUGUAACCAGCAAGUUGGCGGAACUGAAAAAUAAAAGUAUGCAAAAAAACAAUUAGGCAGACAGACAGGUUCCGAUGGCUCUUGCAGACAGACACCAACUGAGGGAUGAAUAGCAAGAACAACUUUAACGAGCCAGCGUUCCAUUAGAUAAAGAUGGUGGCUUAAGAUAACGGGGCUGUGUGAAUAAAACUCGGGAGGUGCUGUUUGAGAUGCUAGUAGAUUAAACUUGAACUUGUUUGUUCCUAUCCUUUCUCCGCUCCUCAAGGCGAGGGAAACCAUCACUGGUGCGACCCAGCAAUGUUACAGAUAUGAAGUGAUCCCAGGCUGCUGUUUCUAACACUCUAUACCAUGAUGUCUUAGAUAAAAUACACCCCCAUCCCCAUCCCCACUCCUUCACCACAUGGCCAACAGGCAAGAACCUCCUCAGUAAUUUCUACUUGGGUUCCUUAGAUCCAAGGUUCCAAACUUUUAGCUUCUAAUCCUUACUGCAACAUUUAAAGAGACGUCCCGUGUUUAAUUUGCUAAUACUGUUGAUAAAUCUACCAGUUCUAACGAGGAUGUCAAAUUUAUGACAAGCCUUGAGCAACCAAUAGACAGGAACUUUGAAAACCAAUGCCAUAGUCCUGUAGUUUCACUGAGGGAGAAGGCAGGAGGAUGGGGUUGAGGGGGGAAGAUAGAUCAGCCAUGAUUGAAUGGUGAAGUAGACUCAAUGGGCUGAAUGGCCUAAUUUUGCUCCUAUAACUUAUCAACAUGAAAAUUAUUCCCAUUAUUUUAAGCAGGUUUGAAAGCAGGAUUGGGAAUGGAGAUUGGGGCGUCAUCAGGGAUAAAUCCUAUUUAUUUAGAAGAUUGAACGUUCCAUGGUGCUUCAAGGAAGGAUGAUCACAAAUAAUUUGCAGCUAGUGACAGAAAGUCCCAUGUCAGACUAGGCGAUCUAUGAGUUGGAGUAGAGAGUCAUGAAGGAAAUGUGUGAACAUGACCUCAAAUAGUGGACAGAUCAAAAUUAGACAGAGGUGAGAGGGUAAAGAUGAAAGAAGAUAAAACUGAGAUGACCAAGAUAGGACAGGGUCACUGUGGUCUGAGGUUGUUGGCUGGGAUGGUCUUGAGAACAUUGGGCUGUAGGAAUGGAUUAUGGAUUACGAUGGUCUUGAUGAAGCUUUGUUGCGGCCAGUAGGUCAGGGACAGGGACUAGGGUUGUCUCCAAGUAUUGAGUCAUGGGGUUGAAGCAACCAGGUAUAGCUAUGUACAGAAUAAUGGCCACACAACUAACACUUUAAACCCUGUGUGUUGAUGUGGUUCCGUGCAUUCAUUUACAAAUCCGACUGGGGGAAUAAAAUAUUGAAUAAUUUCAGCAGGACAGUUCUGUGCCUCCUUUACACCCUUUGUCAACAUUUUGGGAAAAAAUUAAUGAAGUUUAAUUCUUUGCUAUCUUCUAAUAGAGUGAAAUAUGUGAGAUAGGCCCAUCAAAGGAAUCAGCAUGAGCAGUGGCAUAGCAAGCUGCAAUAACCAUCUGGCCCAUGCCGACAGGGUGGAAGUCUCCCUUCUCUUACAACUGUUGGGCAUGGAGGGUUGGAAGCAGAAUAUCAAUGCAAUCGGUAUGUGUUUAGUGAGGGUCAGAGACACUAAGUUGUAAGAUCAGCCAUGAACUAAAUAAGUAGCAGAGAGACAGAAUGGCUGUUGUUUCUUGUGUUCCUGAAGGCACUUAUAAUUGGGGUGACCUCCCCAUGAUUCAAUGCCUUCAAACGCUUCUCCUCCACCUUUCGUUCAUGACUUUCACACCAAAGAGACCAUUCCCUGAUCUGUCAAUCUGAGAUUGGAGCCAGAUACCUGGGAACCCUUGUGGGACAUGUCUUAGGUUCUGCCCCCCCCCCGUGAUGUUCUAGGUCACACCAGCGCACACUCCUUACACCAACACACAAUCCAUAAGGAUUCUCCGGCAAUCCUGACAUAGUCCCUCCAUUCACAUUCCUCAACAUUAUAAUGAUGUUUCUUGUGCACCAGAAAAUAAGGAGUGUUUGCCAGCAUGUGGAGUGGGAACAUGAGACGGAGAUUGGAGCCGCGGAUAAAACAUUGACUUGCUUUCCGUGGUGUCACAGCUGCAUUGAUUGCGAGUAUUACUUGUAUAUUCCGUUUGGUUUGCAGAACCUUGCACCCAGGCUGGGCUUACUGCUUUGUAUCAUUUGCAUGAUUUCUUUAUUUUGUCAAAGUGGCCACUUGCUGCGUAAUGAAAGUGAAUUUGCAUAAACUGAAUGUAAACCUGCUUCUGAUUUCCUCAGUGCCAGCCAAGCUUGUCGGCUGUAUUAAUGUAAAAUACCAUAAAGUUACACCUUUUCAGGCUUC